UUUUUUUUUUCUUCUUCACAUUACACUUUCCCUCCAUUAAAAACGCUAUUGUUCUAGGAACUUGGAGCGCCUUUUUUGUUAUUAUUAUAUGUAUUUAUUUGUCACAACUGAACAACCAAACAGGACAAAACGGACAAAGGAAACAAAAAGGAGCAUAAAUGACGGUGUCGACACUCCUUCCAGUGAACAGAUUUUCAGAGACAAAGUUCUCGGAAUCAUUCUGGUCCAACUCUCGAGGCGACUAUGUCACUGGGCUGAAUGUACUUCAUGCCAAGAUUGACCAGGGUGCUGUUGAAGACCAGGAAAUCCUGAGCUAUCUUCGAGAACGUAUUGAGGUUGAGCAGCGUUAUGGAAACUCACUUAUUGAGAUGGGGAACCGAAGACUGAAGCUCGACGGAUUCUUGCGUGACGAUGGCGCAUCGCUGCGCAAAACGUUUGAGACUAUCAAGGCAGAGAGUGUCGAACUUGGAAAUGGUCACUUGACCUUGGCAGCCAAUCUGCGUGAGCUUGUUCUUCAACCCCUUGUCAAGUUUAGCACACAUGCCCGCCAAACGACACAACAUAGCCGUGAGGAUAUUGAAUCCCGUCUAAAGUUGUUUGAUAAACACCUCAUGGAGCUGGAUCGGACACACGCAUCCUAUGUAUCCAAAUGCAAUGCUGCCGACCAAGCCGAUCUGGAAGCCAACAAGAUUGCACAGGAGGAAGCUCGAGCAGCCGGAGUUGGGGUCACGGAUAUGGACCGUCGCCAUGAGUUUGCAUCACAGCGCUUCACGAUUCAGGAACUGAACAAAUUCUUGAACCGGAUGAGGGCUGAAGUGCCCUCACAAGAUGUCAAGGUCCCCAUCAUUGGUGUGUACAAUAACUGUUGUGCUGGAUCCAAUAUUGCGCAUUGGAUUCAACAAAAUACAAAGGCAAGAACAGUGGAAGAGGCUGAACAUAUCGGACAGUCAUUGUCAGACGAAGGAUUCUUGAGAUUGAUCGGACAGCGUGGCAAUAAGUUUGUAGCCACACCUGCACACUUUUAUCAAUGGCGUGACCAGAUGUUUGAGCUGCUGGAUGAAGAUGAUAAGGAAGAAGAACUUUCUUUGGUCAAAAAGACUAAGCUGGAGGCUGAGAAGGCUGAUGCUGCUUAUUUGGCUGCUGUCAAGAAGGCAGACAAUACUCGUUUACAACUCGAAGUUGGUCUUUUCUCUCAUAUGGAUCUGCUUCAACGUUUUGAAUACGAUCGUAUUAACACCUUUAAGAAUGCUUUUUUGAACUUUGCGGCGAUAUUCUCCAACAUCAUCAGUAUCACUCAGUCAGUUGCGGAUCAUUUGCUAAUCUUCCAGGAAGCUUUGCGCCCUGCAAAUGAUGUUCAAUAUGUGAUUGAGCAAUACCGCACAGGUGCUUUUGUCCCCAUGCCAACGCUUUAUAAUAACUUUUAUCAUGGAUCAGGUCUAGAUCAAGUUUUUGGUGUUAAUAUUGAUAAGCAUUGUAAUUUCACUCGCAAGAAGGUUCCUCAAUUAGUGAUGAAGUGUUUGACUAGGAUCAAGAAGAGCUCUGCUGCUCUUAGUAACGAACAAAAAUUGGCGUGCUGGACAGCUGAGGUGCCUUUGGCCGACAUUCAUGUUCUUCGAAACAAGAUUAAUCAUGGCGGCAAGAUCACUCAGAAAUUGCUUCGCUUGUUUGAUGUGGCAACAGUGGUUGGUGUCUUACGCCUCUAUUUCUUGGAGCUCCCUGGAUCCGUGGUGAAUGGCGAAGAAUAUGAUACUGUGAAGAUUAUUUAUUCAAGCGUAUCGGAUGACACGAGUGAUAGUAAAAACGAUGCACGGAUCUCGUCGCUUCGCAAUUUGCUUGCUCUCCUUUCCUCUGCCCGAUUCUAUACCCUUUAUGAAGUCGUCAAGCAUAUCAGCAGUUUGAUUAAAGAAACUUCCGCAGAUGAAUCAUUCACUUCAUUUGUUGCUCACCGCUGGGGACCUGUCUUCUUGCGACCUCUGGAAGAAACGGCUGUGACACUUCAUGAUAAGCAUCCUCAGAGGAUGAUGCGCGAUAUGCUCAAAAUGACUCAUCAGAUCUUUGAACCGAUCAGGAUGAGUCGUGAGGAAGGAAAUCUGUCUCGUUCUGUCACCACUCGAGCUCCUGCCACGGCCUUGAACCGUCGCAAGGCCGGUAUGAGAGCGAGUAGGGAUCUUAAGGGAGCUUCCGCAUUGGUCAAUGGAAACGGUCAUGUGGACUUGGCUUCAACAGUGCCUUCAAUUGCUGUGGAUGGUGAAGCUAUUACAGGCCAGGCUGCUGCGACUACUGCGACUGCUGCUACUGUUCAGGAUGGUGGAUCAGGUGUUGGUACUGGUUCGACAGCUGCACCUUCAGGGGCUAAACUUCAAAGACGACUAGGUCCUUCAGGAGCCGGACGCUUUAGCUUGACGAGGGGUGUGAGUGCUCCUGAGAUGUUUAGUGAAGUUCCAUCAUUUAAGAAGAAGCCUGCUGUGGAUGGCACAAGCGGAGUAGAGGGUGAUGCUAGCACUGCUAAUGGGAUACCUGGGUUGUUGAAUACAACAGGUCUCCAACAUGCUGCAGGAGGUGAUAAGAACAGUCGAUCACCUCUAAGGCAAAGCGUCAGCGCGCCAAACACAAACGAGAGUAUUGUAGAGGUGGAAGAAGAGGAAGACAAGGAGGAUGGUGUCUCCAAGAGUAUCCCUGCUAAUGCUACCGAUGAUGUGCCGUAUAAUAAUAUCGAAGCCACAACAGAAACUACAACCGUGACUGCACCUGUAACUGGAGGUGAAGGAGAAGGAGAGCAGAGUACUCUCACUGUACUGGAAUCAAUCAAGGAUGAUAAUAUUGAGGUGUCUCCUACGGAUACGGAGGCAACCAAGGUUGAAGAUGCACCAGACUGGAAAGCGGUAUCUGGCGCAGAAUUCGAGUCCACAGGACGUAAAUUAGAACGUCGUCGUAAGAACCGUCAGAGUACACUUUCUAAUGCUGAUCAGAGAAGCUCCUUAGUUGUUGGAGAAUUAUCGGCAGAGAGUGUAUUGCAGGCAUUGCAGGAGGAGGACAAGUAA